AUGGUGUGCCCGAUUUGCUCGGAGGAGAUGGUGACUUUGCUACAAUUAAACCGGCAUCUUGAUGAUAUCCACAAAGAAGUCGAGGAGGUCGAGAAGGACGAUAUAUCAACAUGGUUCCGAAAGCGCAUGUUAAAGGCCAAGGCCUUCCAGCCGGUGGCAGUCCUAAACCAAAAGCUCAAAGGGCUAGAUGUCUUUGAAUCAAAUGAGGCUCUUGCCAUCGCCGGCCCGUCUUCCAACCCUGUUAUCGCGAGCGCAACUGUGAUAGAAGAGCGAGACCCAGAUUACCUAGUCACAAGAGCACACUGGCAACGGAGCACUACAGACGACUAUUGCCUCGACCCCGUCUGCCAAAAGCCUCUCGGCGCGGUUAACGGAAGUGUCAAUUGUCGGAAGUGCGGCAAGCUGUUUUGCGAGGAGCAUACAAUGUAUCAGAUGAAGCUUUCAAGAUCGGCGCAGCAUGAGCCCGUAAGGGGAUUUUGGUGCAGGGUUUGCGAAACUUGCUACAAGUCAAGAGAAGGGUACAAUGACCAUCAGGGGUUUGUACGGGAUCAUACGAAGGAGUUUUCCGAACGGAGGAGAAGAACUGUUGAUCGGGCAUAUCUGGAAGUGACUAGGCUUGAAAAGAGGCUUACGAAGCUUACUCAACUUCUGAUCAAUCCUCCCGAACCUCCGCCCGGGACCAGCGGGUUUAUCAAAGCUGUUGCAAGUUUAAGAAACCAACGGAAGGUAAUUGAGCAGUCAGUGGUGGCCUGGGAAGACGACGCCAGCGUUACCGCUUGCCCGCACUGCCACCAGACAUUUUCGCAAUUUACAAUACGAAAACACCACUGCCGCUUAUGUGGGAAAGUUGUAUGCGGAGACUCGCGAACAGAUUGUUCCAGUGAUGUUGGUCUGAAUGUUUCUGCAAGUACGUUUGUUACCGGAUAUUUAGAGGAGUUCUGGUUAACUUCCAUUGACGUGCGGAUAUGUAGAGCAUGCCGAACCACCGUCUUUAGUAAACGGGACUUUGUUCUAGACCUGGCUAAAAUUCCCCAAGAUGUUCGAGCCUAUCAAACCCUCGCACGCCCCGCUAACCACAACUCCAGAGACCCAAACAAAACUCCCACCCAGGCAAAACUCGCCGAAGCUACAAAAACACGCAAAAAGCUCUUAGACACCUUUGCCCAAUACGACGCAGCCGCAAAGCGUAUCUUGAACCUCCCCACAGCCUCCCAAACCCAGCGGCGCCUUCAAAAAACCGUUUACCAAGCCGCCACACAGUUCCUCCACCUAAAUAUGCUCCCGCUAAAAGCCUUGCCGAAGCUCUUAAACAUGAAUAGACCCGCCAGUGCACGAAUACAGACCAUUAGCAGUACGAACGGGAACAAUAAGCCUUCUUCCAGUCGGGCGCUGACGAUGGUCACGACAGAGGAGGGAGAGGAUGGGACAGAGGUGGACAGCAGUGCUGCGCUCAAGGAGAAGGAAUUGAAGGAGGGCUUGAUGGUGCUAGAGGAACAGAGGUUCAUGGUGCAGGAGAUGCUGACCGAGGCUAGCAAGCGGAGGAGGUUUGACGAAGUUUCUGCACUGGCGGCGAGUCUUGAGGAGUUAGAUAGGGAAGUUGAGAAGAUGAAUGGGGAGAUUGCGAAGCUAGAGUCGUAG